AUGGCUCAACAGGAAGAAGAGUGGCCUUUGGGGCUGCAACCUUUGCCAAGAAAUCGUGAUCUCAAUUGCUUGCUUUCCUUCGACUCUUUGUUCACUUCCGCUCCCAACUCUUCCACUGAUUCUUCUUCUGAUAUUGAUAAUGAGACCACCGGUUCUUUCUUACACGACAAAGAUAUCACAUUCGGGAGCCUUAUCAGUAUUUCAAGCAUUGUAGACCACUCGAGAAGAUCGAUGAGGGGAAGAAUAGUAGAACCUACAAGGAACAAGGGGAGUUGCAAAUACAAGAGUUGGUUUUUAUCCCUAUGCUCAAAGUUGAGCAGUGAUUCUGUGUGCAUGAACAAUACCCCGUCUCUAGGUCAAUUUCUUGAAGUCGAAAGGAGAACUACUUGCAUUUACAGGAGAAAUUAG